UGUGUGUGCAUGAACACUGACCGUACUUUCAAGCUCGUCUCGACCAGCGCACGGCGAGGUGGGCCGCAGCAUGGCGCGUCAUCCUCGGCCGCCCCGACGCCACCCGCGGCAGUGUUUGAUGCGCUCCUGUCCACUGCGUUGGCUGACGCUGGGUGGGAGGCCCUGCUGCACCGCGCAACGCUGUCUGCUGAUGCUUUGGGACUGACACCGAGCAAUGGCAACGCGCACGGCGGCCAGAACGGCCAGGCGCACGGCAGCCAGGCUCGCGUAGCAACGAGGCAGACGCGCCAGGCUACUCGAGACGCGACGAACGGCGCCGGACACGCGGCCGAUGGGUCGCCGGGGCAGCCGCAGCUCGAGGAGGACGCCGAGCCGGAUGCCGUGGACGCAGACCUCGCGUUCCCGACCUCGCUUGUGCUGGACGCUGUGCAUGCCGUGAAACAGCGCCAAGACGCACUCAAGGGCACCCGAGCGCGGGCAGGAGCAGCCGCAGGGACCGCUGCACCCCGUUUCACGCUGUUUCACGUCAAGGUGACGGAAGGCUUUGAGCGCUCGAUCGACAAGCUCUUCCCGCCAGAAGGACGCCGUUCGGCUGCAGCAGUUAGCUCGGCAGGUAAAGCUCCACCGGGCAAUGCGCGACCCACGCCCGAGAGCGAUGCGGCCAACCUGGCGCUCAUGGUGACCGACGCCCCGAGCCUGGCAUCGCCGUCUGAGGCCAACCACGACGAUGCCGUGCAUCCAUCCAAGCGGCCCCGCAUGUCCAUUGAGUUUUCUUCCGACGGGACUGUCGAUUCGAGCGGAGUACUGCGCGUGGAUGAUGACUUGUUCGGCUUUACGACGAUUUUUGCACAGGCCCAACAACAAUCGGCACUGGACUGUCUCCGGCUGCAUCAGUCAGCAGACACUAUUUAUUCGCUCGGAUCCAUGGACGAUCGACUCGUCAUCAAGCCGCUCCUGACCCAGGAACUUGCUGCCAAGACUCGCGCUCGUGAAGAAAAGCUUCAGUCCGAGCGGCACGCAAAGACAACUUUAACUCUCAAUUCCGAACCGAGUCGUCCGUCUGACACGCGCUCCGGGACCUCCUUGAUCCACAAGCGCCUCGGAGUAUCAUCAGCCUCGGGCGUAUCGGCUGCAACAGCCAACGCACGGCUUGGGCGAAUAUCGCCACUGCCACCCAUGCAAACAGCAUCGCGAAACACAGCUGCUACUGCUGCUGUUACAGUGGACCAUUCACCAAUUGCUGCUUCAACCAGGAAUCGGGGAGCCGCCGCAGCCGCACCUGCCAAAAUCCCAAUGCCCAAGCUGUCUCUCCAAGAUUUGGUGGCCCAUCUUCUUGUGGCUCGACCAAUACCAAAGGAGGAAUUGCAUCGCCUUGUCUUGGAGCAUGGUCUGAAGCCAACGAAAGAGGCUUUCGAUGCGGUGGUCCAGCAGGUGACCAAGAUUGACGCGCAGAAACUCUUGUUCCUGCAAACCGCCUUCUAUCAAACUUUGCAUCUCGAUCUACCCAUUUUCAACGCUACUGAAAGGAAGUACGCAUACUCGCGCGUCCAAACGGUACUUGAAAAGUUGCGCGUUGGUCCAACUGAGCCACUUCGGAUGCGGUUUGAGGAAGAAUACAAGCGUGGUGUCGCUGCGGACGAAGCACUAGCCGCGUCUACAGCACCUGCACCCGCAGCAUCCUUCGGGCCACCAUCCGCGCGUGCCAGCGUUGCUCGUCCCCAAACUGCCGCUCCUUCCAUCACCACCUCCGCCACCCCUCCCGCGAAAACAUCCCCGCGAUCAGCAAAGACUGGCACGGCAGCAGCCACAGCCGCAGGCAAAGCUGGCAAAGGGGAAGGUGCUGCUGCCACUGUUGCUGCUGCAACUGCACCGCCGUCAAGCGAGCUCGUGCAAGCUCGUGCAAACUUCACUGCGAAAUACGCAAAGUAUAUUGCUAUUGAACAGCAGCUCAAGGAUAACCAUGCCGAGUUUGCGGCGAUUGGAGAGCAAAUGAAGCAGUACGAGCAAGGCGAUGCGAGGCGUUCGGUUCUCGAAGAGAAAAUUCAGCGGCUCUUCCAAGAGCGCUCAAAGAAAAUGACUGCAAUCCUGCAAGAACGCACAGAGUUGCACGUUUGGUUGAAAGCUGAGAAACUCCGAAUUCAACAGAUGAGCGACGCAAGUGGUCAGUGAGCCGCGUUCGGUGCCCGUUUCCAAACUGUCGUCGCUGUCUUCGCUUCUUUUGUCCUUUUAAUGUAACAGUACAUGGCAUUCCCGAUGUAUUACAAACACAG